CGGGGGCGGGGGGACGAGCAUCAAUCCUCGCGGAAGCUCUGUUCUUCAAAAGAAGGAAAAGGAGAACUCCCCGGUGGGCUCCAUGUGGGCCUAGGCCGGGUUCGCUUGGUCCGAGGGGGUCCGGCUGCCCUGGAUGCGGGGAGGGCGACACCAUCAGACCCCAGGCCGAGGGAAGGGAUUGCAUACCGGAGCACCCUGCUUUGUUUCUCCUGCCCGCCUUUUUCCUCUAAGCAGCCUUUGCUUCCGGCUCCAGCAAACCCCGAGUGCAGGGCUACCUCAGACACUUAAGUUUACAGCGUUGGGGGUUUCAGACCCCAAAAUAAGGUGUGCACCUCGAGACUCUAUUCCCUGUAGCCCUCACGCCUUGAACCGGCCCUAUCUAGCCUCUUGCUUCCAGCCUGUAAAGUACAAUGGAGCCAUUCAAACUUCUGCUUUCCGAAACCGGCCUUUGAUGGGAAUCGUGACAUCUGCCGCCCAUGCCUGCUCUCUUGUUACUGUUAGAUGCGCUCUUUCUCUGGGCGAUGUUGUAAAGGAGAAAAAGUGUUGUCCUGCACCCAACCCUGUCCUUAGAGCAGGAUUAUCGGGGUCGGAGUCAAUCCCUGGGGUUUCAGGGUGGGGCGGCGAGGACGCGGGUAGCGCUCCAUUAACCUGGUGAUGCAUCAGGCAAUAGCUGCUAAGUGUCCGCAGAGACUCAGCAGCGAGCUGCCGAGCAGGCCGCCUGCUGAUUGGUCUGAGUAAAUCACCAGUAGUGACGAUGAACCAGUGCCUGGAAGGACACAGCCUCCUGAGGGCGGGUGGUGCAGGGGCGGAAGCUGGGAUGCAGUCGCUGCCCGUUGGAACGUGAAGGAAAAUGCUAUCCAACGGGGUGUGCACAUCGACUGCCCAGCUUCCAGGGAAGGUGGCAGUGGUUACUGGUGCCAACACAGGCAUCGGGAAGGAGACAGCCAAAGAGCUGGCUCAAAGAGGAGCGCGUGUCUAUAUAGCUUGCCGGGAUGUGCAAAAGGGGGAAUUGGUGGCAAAAGAGAUCCAGACCGUGACAGGGAACCAACAGGUAUUCGUGCGGAAACUGGACUUGGCUGAUACUAAAUCUAUCCGAGCCUUCGCUGAGGGCUUCUUAGCAGACGAAAAGCAUCUCCACAUUUUGAUCAACAAUGCAGGAGUGAUGAUGUGUCCCUACUCCAAGACUGCAGAUGGCUUUGAGAUGCAUAUAGGAGUCAACCACUUGGGUCACUUCCUCUUGACCCAUCUGCUGCUAGAGAAGCUGAAGGAAUCAGCCCCAUCAAGGGUAGUGAACGUGUCUUCCUUAGCACAUGCCCUGGGAAGGAUCCAUUUCCAUAAUCUUCAGGGCGAGAAAUUCUACAGCUCAGGUCUGGCCUACUGCCAUAGCAAGUUAGCCAACAUUCUCUUCACCAAGGAACUGGCCCGGAGGCUAGAAGGCUCUGGCGUUUCCGUGUAUUCUGUACACCCUGGCACAGUCCACUCUGAAUUGGUUCGGCACUCAUUCUUCAUGAGAUGUAUGUGGCGGCUUUUCUCCUGCUUCAUCAAGACCCCUCAGCAGGGAGCCCAGACCAGCCUGCACUGUGCCUUAGCAGAAGGUCUUGAGAUCCUAAGUGGGAGUCAUUUCAGUGACUGCCGUGUGACGUGGGUCUCUGCCCAGGCUCGGAAUAUGACAAUAGCCAGGCGGCUAUGGGACGUCAGCUGUGACCUGCUGGGCAUCCCUCUGGAUUGACAGGUGGUGGCCGUUGGACCCAAGAGAAGUGUGCAGCAGACUACUCCGUGCUCCCUGCCAAAAUGACUCUCCUUCAGGGAGGCCAAACCUUAAGCACAAAGGGAGCAAACCUCUGGCCUUGGCAGCUUUCUGAGAGAAGCCUGUGCGCACUGCCAGGCAUCGCCACGCCUUGCAUCUGUCCAGAUCGACUUUGCUCCCCGCCUUGCCAGUUACUAGAGAUAUCACAGGACAAGUACCCCCUCGGGACCACCAGCUCAUCUGUUCCCUCUGAGAUGCACCACCUAGAAGAAUCUACGCUCUGGCAGGGUUGAUUUGUGGCAGUUUGGACUCGUUUCUACCCUCUCUGUUCACGGUGUAUUGUCUCCCAACCAAACAACCUUCACUUGGAGAGGGCCACGCUACAGCCUGAGCUGAAUCCAGGAGUGACGCUGGCUCACUUGGCUCAAGAGCAGGGCUUGUCCCUCACCUCUUAAGAAACCGUCGUAGGGCCAACAUCUGGAUUCUUUCAGGAAAUGUAACUGAAUCUGGAUUGUGCGAUGGCUCUCUCUCUCUCUGACAACCUAAAGCCACUGCUCAGACACGUUCCCAUGCCUAGACCAUGGAAGAGCUUCCUUUUCUAAGAAGUUUGGGGGUUUGGGAGGAUGGCAGAAAUAUGGGGAAAGGCAGAAAUAAAAAUGAAGUUUAAACUCUCAUUUCCCUGCUAUUUCUCUGACCAGCAAGGAGGUAAUGAAAGGAUCCGUUUGAGAAGGUAGGCCUCCUGACAUCAGCUACUGACCCCAGACCCAUGGAGGCCUCCUUUUUGUGCUGUAGUUUCUCUUUGGUGAUUGUUAUUGAAUAUAUGUGUUCCUAUGUACUUUUGCAGUUGGGAGUAUUUUCACAAAAUUUGAAGUAGCCACAAAGGAACAGUAUUAAACUGGACCCUGAUGCAGGUAAAUGAUCAGAGGUGGAGCAAGCCAGUGCCAUCCAGUCUUUGAUACAAAUGGCUAGAGCAGCAAGGGGAAGCAGAUUCUGUUUAUGUUGAUAACUACCCACCAAGAAGCACAUGGGUAGCAGGAAUUCAAAGAUAAUAGGCCUAGAAGGUAAUGAAGGAACUAAAGGAUUUUUUUUAAGCUGAAGAUGGUAAUAUCCAGCUGUAGAAUUAAGGGUGAGCACCCAAGUUAGCAAGGCUGACAGAGCACUAUCUUAAACACCAGUCAACCAAUGUGGCAGAAAAAAA